AAGAAAUUUUCUUGCUCGCAAAGCCAAGCCAAGCAGAGCAGUAUAUAUAUAUAUCACUCUCCGUUUCAUAGAGCGUAAGUAGCGGCUAACGGGUACGCUAAAGCUUCUUACUCUCUCUAAAUAUCUGAUCCGAAUAACAAGUUUCGUUCUGUUUAGGGUUAGGGUUUUCACUUAUCUUCCUCGCUUGUAACUUCUUCAUCGCUUUCCUUCUCAUAGCUAUGGACUCUGCUAUGGUCAUCAAGGUGAAAUAUGAAGAUACUCUCAGGCGCUUCAGUGCUAGUGUGGAUGAGAACAAUCGACUGGAUCUUAAUAUGAUUGGGUUGAGAGCUAAGAUAAGUUCUAUUUUCAACUUCACCUCCGAUGCAAAUUUUAUUCUGAGAUAUGUUGAUGAAGAUGGAGACUUGGUGAAUCUUGUGGAUGAUGAUGAUUUGCGUGAUGUGAUGAGACAGCAAUUAAAAUUCUUGAGAAUUGAUGUACAUAUGAUCAAUAAUUCUGGUGGUAAAUCAGAUGCUGAUGGUUCUAGUGGAAGUGCCACCCCUUUAAGAUCUCCUCCUGUCUCAGACCCAUUUCAAAUUGGAAAUUUUAUUAACGCCGAUGCUUUGCAUGCUAUGCCGGAGCCACUGCGCAAGGUUCUUUAUUCAUCAUUUUCAAAAGCUGCAUCUUCAAAUCCAGGUCUAGCAAAUCUUGCUGAUUCGAUUUCCAAAAUUGGACAAUCCUUUCUAAAUCCUCAAGGGCAGCCUCGUGCUGCAGGUGGUACAAGCUCGAAAAAUGGUGUUCCUGAAGGAUCUGUCCCUUCUGAAUCUAAAGGUCCAAAGUCUCCACCUGUGGGUUCAGCUUCCAAUGCCAGUGGCUAUGCUAAGUCUAGUGGACCCGCCACCCCCUUAAGAUCUCCUGUCCCGGACCCAUUUAUGUGUGGAAAUGUUGUUAAAACUGAUGUUUCGUAUUCUGUGCCAGAAGCAGUACAGGAGGCUUUUUCUAAUUUAUCACUUUCAAAAGUUGGAUCUUCAACUCAGGUGCUUCAUAAUUUCACUGAUCCCGUUUCCAAAACGGGACAAUCUACUGUGAAUUCUCACCGCUGGUCUCAUGUUGAAGCUGGCCCAAGCUCAAAAAAUGAUGUUCCUAAAGAGCUUGUCACCUCCGAAGCAAGAGUUCCACAGUCUCCAUUUCUGGACUUAGCUUCCAUUGUCAAUCGCCAGGUGGAGGCUGGAAACAUAGUUAGAGGUUUUGGGGAAGCUUCCAAUGGCAGUCAACGGGUGGACUCUAGUGCUAGUCGACAGGUCGAGGCUGGAAACAUGAUUCAAGGUGUACUGGCAGCCUCCAGUGCCGGUAGACAGGUGGAGGCUGGAAAUGUGGGAGUCGCCCCAGUUGAUCUCAAUAUUCUCCCAUGUGAUCCAUAUACACGCACUAAUGUAGAUAGUGCACCACUUUCAUCAGCAGUUCCUGUAAGUGAUGACAAGGGUAAAACGUCUAUUGUUGAUAAUCUUGCUGGUAAGGGUGAAAUAUGUGGAAAAUCAAUCAAUUUUGUCGCUCCCAAUUACACCCCAACCAAGAGUCCUGCUACAAGUUACAGUGCCCCUAUUGACUGUCCAUUUUCUGGGACACAUACUCUUUAUUCAAUGCCACCUCCUCUAGGAAACUUCCGCAUUCCUGCAUUUAAAAGGAGCAACAGUCACUCCUUGAAUGGUAUGUUUCACAAGGGGGUCCGCUGUGAUGUCUGUGGAGUCUAUCCAAUAACUGGACCUCGUUUCAAAUCCACAAUAAAAGAAAACUAUGACCUCUGCAGCAUUUGCUUCAAUGAAAUUGGUAAUCAGACUGAUUAUAUCAGAAUGGACCGUCCCGCAUCUUCUCGGGCUCCAAGAUGUACAUAUCAGAAUACUAAAGAAUUUAGGCAUUCAAAGAUCCCACCACAUAUGUUUAAAACAGGUGGUUUUUUGAAGCAUGCAAGGCCAAAGCUAGAUAGUCGGUUCAUUUUGGAUGUCAAUGUCUUGGAUGGUACAAUGAUGGCUCCAUCUACCCCAUUCACAAAGAUUUGGCGGAUGCGCAACAAUGGCACUUUAGUGUGGCCCAAGGGAACUCAACUUGUUUGGAUUGGUGGAGACAAAUUAAGUGACUUGCUUUCUGUUGACUUAGAGGUUCCUGAGGAUGGUGUACCCAUGGAGAAGGAGCUUGACAUUGCAGUUGAGUUUAGAGCGCCCCAGUUACCUGGUAGAUACAUAUCAUACUGGAGGAUGGCAUCUCUCUCUGGACAUAAAUUUGGCCAACGUGUUUGGGUUCUUAUACAGGUUGAUGCCUCUCUCAAGGACUCAUUUUAUGAUAGCUCUCAAGGUCUGAACUUGAAUAUUCCCCUUGGUGUUGGUGGCUAUGAAGGGACUCGAGUUAUAGAUAUCAAUGUUCAACCUAUUGAGGAUGAUGCUUUUCAUCAACCCCAAAAUCAUAACGCUCCCCCUAAACCUGUGAAUCAAAUGGUUGAUAAGGCACCAUGGCAGGAACUGGGAAACGAAUUUCCUACCAAUGAAGCUAUAUUUGUUCAACCUGCUGCCUCAGCCCCUGCAACUUCAGUGGAACCUUCAUCUGUUUCUUACCCCAUUAUCGAUUUCUCUGGCACAGCCCCAGCUGCUCCUUCCUAUCAGCCAACCUCAACUGUGGAUGCACUAUCACCAUCUCUAGGGAUGGAUGAAAGUUAUUUGGUAGAAGAGGCCCUCCUCAGAGAGCUUGAGGAGAUGGGUUUUAAGCAGGUUGAUCUAAACAAGGAGAUUCUGAGAAUGAAUGAGUACAAUCUGGAGCAGUCAGUAGAGCAUCUAUGUGGUGUUUCUGAGUGGGAUCCUAUCCUUGAAGAGUUGCAUGAGAUGGGUUUCCGUGACAAAGAGAUGAACAAGAGGCUGCUAAAGAAAAACAAUGGAAGCAUUAAACGAGUUGUUAUGGAUUUAAUCAAUGGAGAGUAGGUUUAGUUAAUAUGUCAGAUGUUAUAUGGGUUACGUUGGCGAAACGUUCUGUGAAAACGCUAAAUAUUUGCUAGGCGCACUAUUAUCUAAUUUCCUUUCUCGAUCAUGUGUUGCGGUGGUAUGUCAUUGCAAUUAAACAGUUUGAUCGAUCUCAUGUUCUAUUCAUAUAUUUAAUAAGACUCGAGACUAUGCCGUAAGUAUAUUUGCUACAACAAUCUGUAUGUC